AAAUCUUUGUACACUUAUAUGAACCUCCUGGAUCCGGAUCCAGCUGUCAGAAAAUACUUCUCUUCAAAAGACCCCAACUCACCAUUUCCCAUUCAACAUUUCCCAUACAAUAUCGUCAACCAAACUUUCGACUUCAUCCUGAAACGACAAGGCAUCGGCCAAAGCAGUCUCCCGCAGCAAGCACCGCCAUGUCUUCCCUACCAAGCAUCAUCCUUUGUCUCCUAUUUCGACUACUUUCCGUCGUCUCUACCACGGUGGCAUACCCGAGUUUCACCAACGGGACCUUCAUACUACCACCAAACAUCCAAACGCCGCGUCAGCAUGGCCUCGACGAGGACAACGAGGAUCAUGAAGACGCAGACCAUCACGACGACGAUGACGAAAAUCCACACCCCUAUCACAUCCCGCUGGGAGCCGUCAUAUUUCUCUCCAUUUUCGCCGCCUUUGUUGUUGCUGGCAUGCUCUGGCUCGCUUGGAAGUGGAGAAACAUCGUUCUCAGGCGCAAGAAGGAGGAGGAAUGGUUCGAUCGCGAGAUUGGCGACUCAUCGGAGACAUUUGGCGGUAUCUUUCGAGGAGAUAUGGUGGAAGUUAUGAUGAGCGGAGCUCAGAACCAUAGCAGGGUGGAAUUGGAAAGAGAACCAGAGAGGGAUACAGAAGAGGUUAGGGCGGGUCUCGUGAGGUCGGGAUCGGCGGGUGUUGGUGACGGCGGGACUGGUGGGGAUGGUGGAGAUGUGAGCGUUGUUUGUGAUGGGUUGUAUAUUCCCGGGAAUCGGCAUACGUUGUAGUUAAUUUGUUGUGGUUUGUUGUUGUGGAUCAGGCAAGUGGUGCCGGGAACCAGCGAGUGCCGAAUUCUGCUGUACAUUUGUUGUUUUGUUGUUCGAGCCUGAGGAGCGCUACUACUUACGAAUAAUGUUAUUUCAUGUCACACCAG